CUGUCAACUUUGGCUAUGUCAAGUAUGAGAUUCUUAUGACACCUCUGUUGAAGACCACAAAACGACCCAUGUUUAACCACAAAAGUUAUCAGGGAUACGAUGUAAAGUUUUUAUGUAAAACUAAUUUCCUUAUCUAAUCAAUCACCAAUGCAGUCAAAGAUAUUUCUGAAGCUGCUCCUGAACCUUAGUCAAUUUAGCUCAUAUUUGGCAAUAACACUUAAUUUUGGAAAUGAUAUUAGACAAAGGUAUGGGCCAAAAAGUAUUUAUUUAGCUGUCACUCUUUAAACACAUUCCACCAAUCCCGACACCCCCUAAGAAUUUGCUGAAUUAGUAAUUUUAUCAUGUUAAUCAAUUAGGCUUUUCAAUGUUAAUACUUCUAAUUGCACAUAGGGGAUGCACACAUCUGAAGAGGAGCCAGACGAUGUGCAGUUGAUAAGAAUGUUGUAAACACUACGCAAUGUUUUCAUUAAUUUAAUGAGUUUAUAAAAUCGUACAACAAACAUUUACGGAAAGCAAUUAUUGUAGUAUUGGCUCAUUAGGUCACGAAUGUUCAGCUAUAAUUACUGGUUCUUUCAAUUGUUACUCUUCGUGGUACGAGUAGUUCGGAAGAAAUGGAGGUUGAAGAGGAUUUAAAUCAAAGUGGAGAAUCCGUUGAGUUGUUAAUAAAUUACAUCUAUGCUUUACUACCUCUUGGUAGCUAUACUAUUUGUCAAUUGUUUAAAUAUGAUGCAUUCCAGACCAACCUUCCUAGCAUUCUGAUCAAUAUGAGCAAAUCGAAUGAAACUUUGAACACACUACUAGUACCUGCUAUAGAGCAAGGUUGCUCUAUAUUUUUAAUAGAUCAAGCAGUGGCUUUUACAUUUCUCGAUUCUUUUACCAUGGCACAUGAUGCAGCUAUGAUAAGAAAUCCUAACAAAGUGCUGAUUAUAACAGAUAUAAAAAACGAGUUGGAAUUGGAAGAAAUUCUACUACACCCAUCUCUCCACGAAAUAAGAGAUGUGUUUGCGAUUUUAUCCGCUAACGAAUCAGUCUGUCUUUUAAAAAUCGACGGACAACGAAAAUGGAAACAAAUUUGCGAAUGGAUACGAAACGAAACCAUGUCUAUGGAUAGCAGUGAAAUGUUUUUAUCGAACAAAGCACACCUGGAUAAUCGUGUGAUAAAACUUGCAACGUUUGAAGUAAUUCCAUUUAUACAACUAAUCCCCCGGGAAAAUGGCCGAUCAGUACUAAACAACAAAACAUAUUUUAUUGACGGUUUGGAUGGUAGAUUAGUCGAAGGAUUUUGUGAAGCUUUUAACUGUACUUGGGAACUUACUAUAAAGCAAGAAGCCCAGUACGGUAAAUUGUACGGAAAUAAAACGGCCGAUGGCAUAACUGGAUCGCUGUUAAACAGGCAGGUUGACGUUGCAAUUGGAGGUAUAGCAGGAUGGUACCAUCUUCACCCGUUCUUCAGUUUUACAAGUCCCAUGCAACCGAUUAGCGUGACCUGUUUAACGCCACAGCCAAGGCUCUUACCAUCCUGGACACUUGCAAUACGGAUUUAUAAGCCACAAGUUUGGAUAUUACUACUGGUUACUAUUGUCGCCAUCAUAGUUUUUACUCACGUGCUACUGAAACUUAACAAUGUACUACAUAAUUUGCUUCCCAUACCUUUUCAAGUUAUUGGAGGACUUUUGCUGCAACCGGCCAAUCUUCGUGUUCGGUCAACUUCCGAAACGAUAUUUUCCUUCUCGCUCAUCACCUUUCUGUUCCUUGUAACAAACAUGUACCUGGCAAAAGCCGUCAGUAUGAGAACCAACCCUGCGUAUGCUGCAUCCAUCGACACCGUUGACCAUUUGGCGGCCAGUGGAUUACCCUGGAAUGCCCCGCACGAAGCCUGGAAAUAUUCAAUUCUUUCAUCCGAAAAGCCUUCACUCCGGCAACUUUUGCAAACUUUUCGUGCCCCAGAUGUUUCCAAACUUGAGCAAAUUGCCAACGAAGGCGAUGAAAGUCUUGCAAUAGCUUUCCUUGCCUACGGACACUACAUGGUUGGUAACUGGAUAAACACUGACAACGUUGCGCUGUAUCGAUUGAUGCAAGAGGACCUGUACUGGGAGUACGAACUAGUCUGGACAACCAAAACGUGGCCCAUGUACGACGCGCUCAAUGAGUAUAUCAUGCGCAUCGUAGAGGCAAACUUGCAACGUUACGAAGAGUUGAUAGUAGCUCAACAGUAUCUGAACCACCGCGUCCAAAACGUUAUCGCCCAUUCAACUGAUAGAGUACAAGUACAUCGAAUAGUAUCAAAGUUUCAGAACAUAAAAGGAUACCUGAAUCUCUUUUUGGUAGGUGCUACUAUAGCAUGUUUAGUGUUUGGCGUUGAAGUUCUUUGGGAGAAAAAGAAUGAUAUUUUCAAAUGGUACAAGGGAAGAUAAAAACUAAUUAUGUAAAACUGUGUCUUAAAAUUGCAACACACCAAAACGCAAAAAUAAAGCUUUCUUAAAUUUAAACUACACAAGGAUCAUCCAUAAACGUUGUCUUGAAAUCCGAAGCUAUCAUUUUUUUGUUCGAUCUUUGUAUGGACCUUAGUCAUCUUAGUAUGAAGAAUAAACGCAAACAAAACGCUCACGUAUUCAGCGAAA